AUGUCGUUUAUAUUUGGUAGUUUAAAGGAGGAAAAUGCAGUUAAAAGUUCUCAAAUUAUGGUACUAGAGACCCAAAUUUCUUCUACCAAAGAAAACCAGGAUAACGAGCAUGAAAAAUGGCGGGCAGCUCAAGUCAAUUAUGAAAGACAGGUUAUUCUACAAUCAGAGACCAUUCAGGAGUUGACUAAAACUUCGCAAGAUUUGGCUUUACUGAAAGAGGAAGCAUCUAAGUUGUGUAAACUGGCUGAUGCCCAUAGAAGUGAAAAUACUGAACUUAAGGCUAAGUGGGAGAUUAAGAAAUCAAUUCUUGAGGAAUCCAGGAAAGAAGCUGAGAAGAAAUAUGAUGAACUUAAUGAACAGAACAAGAUUUCACACAGUUGGAUUGAAGCUAUGCAUAUUCAGUUGGCUGAGAAAGAUCGCGAUUCUAUUUCAUAUUCACAUGGUGAUUCUGGUAUGCAGAAUAUAAAAUUACCUCCAACGGACGAUAGAAAUAGCAGAAACUGA